CUCCGGAUCAGGACUGCGGUUCCCACCCCUACCCCGUCUCGGUCGGGGUCACAGCGGUGUUGGGAGAGGGGAACCAGGAUCUAGGCUGGGAAACCUGGGACCCCCGGUGCUCUCUCCCUAGACAGGGCUAAAUUGCCUGGCGGCAGGACCGUUGGUUGCAGCGCGGGCCAAAGUGGCCCUGGAAGGGGGUGGAAGGCAUCGGGGGUUCCCUUGCCCCCUACGUCCUCUAAACCGCUCGUGGAGGUCCGCUAACCCCUCGGGAGCGAGGCAAGACGAGGGCACACCCGCCUCCACGGGCGCGAGGGGAAACUUGGCGCGCGGGUUUCUCCGCGGCGCUCGGACCCCGGUGCUUCGUGGCCGCCGAGGUUGGCCUGAGAACCGGUCUCCCGACACCCUAAUGAGCCUGGGCUGUCUGCUCCGCGACCCCCCCGAAGACUGCCGCAGCGACGGCGGCAGUAGCAGCGGCUGCAGCAGCAGCGCCGGGGAGCCCGGAGGGGCCGAAAGCAGCUCGUCCCCGCGCGCGCCGGAGCCUGAAACUCCAGAGCUUCCCGACGCCGAAGGCACCGAUGGACAUCUGGCAGCGAUGCAGCGCCCGGUUGCCAGGUCAAAAAUCAAGUUUACCACCGGCACGUGCGACAACUCUGUGAUUCACAACUGUGACCUUUGUGGCAAGAGCUUCCGCCUGCAGCGCAUGCUCAACCGUCACCUUAAGUGCCACAACCAGGUAAAGAGGCACCUGUGCACUUUCUGCGGCAAGGGCUUCAAUGACACCUUCGACCUGAAGAGGCACGUACGCACACAUACAGGCAUCCGCCCCUACAAAUGUGAGGUGUGUAACAAGGCCUUCACCCAGCGAUGUUCCUUGGAGUCCCACCUGAAGAAGAUCCAUGGGGUACAGCAGCAGUAUGCCUACAAGCAGCGUCGGGACAAACUCUAUGUGUGUGAGGAUUGUGGCUACACGGGCCCCACCCAGGAGGACCUGUAUCUGCAUGUGAACAGUGCCCAUCCAGGGAGCACAUUUCUCAAAAAGACUUCCAAAAAGUUGGCGGCCCUUAUGCAGAACAAGCUGACAUCCCCACUUCAGGAGAAUUCCACCCUGAGUGAAGAGGAGGAAAAAAAGUGAAGAGCGAGGAAAAGCGGAGGAGAGAUGCCAGCGCCACAUUUACUCGGACUUUUGGCCUGAGGCUUGCCCCUCUGCUCUUUUUAUAGUGACAAGUAUUUUGUCCACCUCUCUUUUCUUUUGGUACAUCAACAGUAAGAAUCACUCCAAAGUUGUCAGUCAUUCUGCCACAACAGGUCCUGUGUAUUGUUUCUUAGUGGCUGAGGUCACAUACGGGUUUGUGUAUGUGUGUGUGUGUCUGUCUGUCUGUCUGUCUGUCUUUGUGUCUGUUACGUGUGUUUUUUUUUUUCCUAGUAGAAUUUUCACAUAUGAAUAGAGAGAGAGGUGUUCUUAAAGAGACCGUCAUCUUAUGGUGCCUUGAAAUGCUUCCCAAGCAAGGAAAAUGUAUAUUAUUCUGAAAGAGUUUACAGAAAUUAUUUUAAUAAAUGAAAUGUUCGUGUGAAA